AUGUCCCGCUACCUCCGACCGGCCGCUCGCCUGGCCGCAUCCGUCAGAGCUCCUGCAUCGCGAACCUCAACCCUGCCCUCACUAUGCGCCUCACAAGUUCGACCUGCCACCGCCUUCGCCGCCCAGGCGAGGACAUACGCUGCCUCUGCUUCCGGCUCUAAAGAUUACACGGUGCGAGAUGCUCUGAAUGAGGCUCUUGCCGAGGAGCUCGAGGCCAACGACAAGGUCUUCGUUCUAGGCGAGGAGGUUGCCCAGUACAACGGCGCGUACAAGGUCACCAAGGGGCUGCUAGAUCGAUUUGGUGACAGGAGGGUCAUUGACACGCCCAUCACCGAGAGUGGUUUCUGCGGUCUGGCUGUCGGCGCUGCUCUGAGCGGACUGCACCCUGUCUGUGAAUUCAUGACCUUCAACUUCGCCAUGCAGGCCAUCGAUCAGAUCGUUAACUCGGCGGCCAAGACCCUGUACAUGUCCGGUGGCAUCCAGCCCUGCAACAUCACCUUCCGAGGACCCAACGGUUUCGCCUCCGGUGUCGCGGCCCAGCACUCUCAGGACUAUAGCGCGUGGUACGGAAGUGUUCCUGGUCUGAAGGUAGUGUCUCCCUGGAGCGCUGAGGACGCCAAGGGUCUACUAAAGGCUGCCAUCCGCGACCCCAACCCGGUCGUCGUGCUCGAGAACGAGCUGUUGUACGGUCAGACUUUCCCCAUGUCCGAGGCUGCACAGAAGGACGACUGGGUCAUUCCCUUCGGCAAGGCCAAGAUUGAGCGCGCCGGAAAGGAUCUCACAAUGGUCUCCCUCUCUCGCUGUGUCGGCCAGAGCUUGGUCGCCGCAGAGAACCUCAAGAAGAAGUACGGCGUCGAGGUUGAGGUCAUCAACCUGCGAUCUGUCAAGCCCCUCGACAUUGAGUCUAUCAUCAAGUCCGUCAAGAAGACGCACCGCCUCAUGGCCGUGGAGUCUGGUUUCCCCGCAUACGGUGUCAGCGCUGAGAUCCUGGCCCUGACCAUGGAGUAUGCCUUUGACUACCUUGAUGCCCCUGCUCAGCGUGUCACCGGCGCCGACGUCCCCACUCCCUAUGCGCAGAAGCUCGAAGAGAUGAGCUUCCCCACAGAAGCCCUGAUCGAGCAGCACGCCGCUAAGCUCCUGCGCCUGUAA